AUGGGUGACUACGGAGCGGCGUUCUCGCCGACCGCGACGGCGCUCCCCGAUGGUGUCCCUGCGAUCCCAACGGUCACGGAGGAUAUUUCAGUCUUGGUGACGGGCUUUGGCCCGUUCAAGACCCACAAUGUCAAUUCCUCCUGGCUCGUCGCCUCGUCUCUGCCAUCGACGCUGGUCCUCCCAGGGAAGCCAUCUUCGGUGACUCCUGAGGGACGACCGGCUGCUCGCCAGAUCUCCAUCUACACCCAUCCCUCUCCCAUUCCGGUGUCGUAUUCCGCCGUGAGAUCGACUGUCCCUGCAAUUGUCGAGGAGUUCGCUAGCGUUCACAAUGGCAGACGCCCCGAUCUGAUCAUCCAUAUCGGGCUGGCAUCGACGAGGAACUACUGGUCAGUAGAGACGCUCGCGCGGCGGGAUGACUACCGGAUGGGAGAUGUCAACGGGGAGCUGGGCUACGAGAGUGGUGAGAAGAUCUGGAAGGAACAGGGACUGCCACCUGUGCUGCGACCGGGGCCAGCGACAGCGACGUCGACAGAUGUUGCGCCUGCUGUCGAACCAACAGCACCGCUCGUGGCCCCGGUCUCGCGAGUCAGUCCGUAUCCCGCGGAUGAUCACUUCCUCGAGGUGUGGAAGUCGUUCGCCCCGGCUGGCACGGAUAUUCGCAUCUCCCACGAUGCUGGACGGUACCUCUGUGAGUUCAUCUUCUACACGAGCUUGGCGCAAGCUCUGCAGGAAGGUCGGGACCGAAGUGUCGUCUUCUUCCAUGUCCCUAGCUGGCACGAUGAGGCGAACAUCAAGGUCGGAACCGAGACUGCGGUAGCCUUGAUUAAAGCCCUCGUCACCUGCUGGAUCGACGAGCGAAGGCAAACUUGAACUAUGCAGGAUCUG